AUGACUUCAUCGCCCGAUCUCGGCAUGCGCAAACGCGAUAUCGCCUAUCUGCUCUUCUUCGUCACUCAUAUCCCUAUCAUCUUUCUCGUCGACACCGUCCCGCUCCUCCCUGCCGUCCUCCAAACAGAUCUCUCCCACCAACUCCGCGAAUUCUACAUCUCCACCUACCAGGACAAGUUCUUCUCCGACCCACCACCAUGGUUCACCGCGUUUAUCUGGAUGGAGCUACUGUAUCACGUUCCCGCCUCCUUAUUGGCCAUCCGUGCCCUGCUUAGCGACCAUGUCUAUCUUCCCAUUCACCUCGUCAUCUUCGGUCUUCAAGCUUUCCUGACAUCCCUUACUUGUCUGGUCGAUGUUUGGAGUUGGUCGGAUCGCACCUCCGCCCAGAAACAGCAGAUCACAUCGCUGUACGGUCCCUAUGUCGCGUUGGGUGGCUACAUGGCCCUAGACGGUAUCAACCGGCUACGCAAAGCCCUCCGCAAGACCAAGCGGGAGUGA